AUGUCUGGGCUGGCGCGGGCUGUGCGGCGGGUGGCGGCGGUCGGGCUGGCGGCGGCCCGGCGAGGGGAGAGCGGCGGCGGCGGCGGGCAGCGCUGGGGCUGGGGGCUGGCGCUGGGACUGGCGCUGGGCGUGAAGGCGGCGGCGGGCAGCGAGGCGGGCGGCGGGCCGGAGAAGGAGGAGGAGGCGGCGGCGGCACGUCGGGGAUUCGGAGCGGCCAUCGAGAGGAGCCGGGACCUGCUGCGGCGGAUCAAGGACGAAGCGGGCAUCCCGGGUAUCCUGGUCGGAGUUUCUGUGGAUGGAAGGGAGGUGUGGUCCGAAGGUUUGGGUUACGCCGACGUAGAGAAUCGUGUGAUGUGUAAGCCAGAGACCAUCAUGAGAAUUGCCAGUAUCAGCAAGUGUCUCACCAUGAUGGCUGUUGCCAAACUGUGGGAAGAGGGGAAGCUGGACUUAGAUGCUCCAGUGCAGAAAUACGUCCCUGAAUUUCCAGAAAAAGUCUAUGAAGGUGAAAAGGUCACUAUUACCACAAGGUUGUUAGUCUCGCACUUGAGUGGGAUUCGUCACUAUGAAAAAGAUAUUGCAAAAGUAAAGGAAGAAAAGGAAAAGGCAAACAGAGCACUUAAACUGACAAAAUCCGGCCAAGAUAAAGAACAGAAAGAGAAAGAUGGCAAAGGCAUUGAAAAGACUGACUCUGACAAGCCAAAGAAGGAACACGAAGGUGAAGUAAAAAGCCGAAAUUCAAAACCUGGCAGGAGAGACAAGGAGUUUGAACAUGAGGAGUAUUAUUUGAAGGAAAAAUUUGAGAGCGUGAUUGAAUCGCUGAAGAUAUUCAAAAAUGAUCCUUUGUUCUUCAAGCCAGGUAGCCAGUUCUUGUAUUCAACAUAUGGCUUUACUCUCCUAAGUGCUGUUGUGGAGAGAGUUUCGGGGCAGAAAUUUACAGAGUACAUGCUAAAAAUGUUCCGUGACUUGGAUAUGCUGUCAACUGUGCUGGAUGACAACGAAGCAAUGAUAUAUAACAGAGCAAGGUGUUACGUUUACAACAAAAAGGGACGACUGGUAAACGCACCGUAUGUGGACAACUCUUACAAGUGGGCUGGUGGAGGCUUCCUGUCAUCAGUAGGAGACCUUCUGAAAUUUGGAAAUGCCUUGUUGUACAGUUACCAAGCUGGACAAUUUAGAAGCAACAAUGGCAAGCUUCUGCCUGGGUACCUGAAACCAGACACGGUUGCAAUGAUGUGGACCCCAGUGCCAAAAACUGAAGUAUCAUGGGACAGGGAUGGUAAAUAUGCAAUGGCUUGGGCUGUAGUAGAGAAAAAACAACAGUGUGGCUUUUGCAGGCGGCAGAGACACUACGCAUCUCAUACGGGUGGUGCAGUGGGUGCAAGCAGCGUUCUCCUGAUCCUUCCUGAAGAGUUGGACUCUCAUGCUGAAGAUACUGCAGAAGUGGCACCACCUAGGGGAGUAAUUGUUAGCAUUAUCUGUAAUAUGCAAUCUGUUUCCCUCAACAGCACUGCCUUAAAGAUUGCAAGGGAAUUUGAUAAAGAAAAACGGGCACAAAAUAUAGGUUAAAAAAAGAGAGAUGAAUAAGUGAAGUUGAAAUAAGUUGAGUAAGUGAACAUGAAAAACAAAUGGAAACGGAGAUCAAAUUGGGCCCUGAGGUCCCAAAGGACAGGUGAGGAAAAAGCAUCAACACUUCACUGAAAUUCUGUUAGUGGUGCCACGUUUAAGUGUACUGGAAUUCAUCUCUCAGGGAAGCUCCUUACAGGAAAGAAGAAUGUAACAAGCAAAUUUGACUCCCCGUGUUAACUGUGUAAGUUAUCAUUUCAGCAGUGAGGCCUUUUUCCUCAUCCAGUUAUUUGACCAACAUUCAAAAAAUAAAACAACAGCGGCCGAACAAA